GCCGCUUCCGGGGCGGGCCGGGGGUUCCUGCGGGGGAGGCGGCCCGGUCCCGCUGCACCGCCGGGAUGAUCAACGCCAUCCUGGUGUUCAACAACCACGGCAAGCCGCGGCUCGUCCGCUUCUACCAGCACCUGGCAGAGGAGCUCCAGCAGCAGAUCAUCCGUGAGACUUUCCACCUGGUGCUCAAGCGGGAUGACCACAUCUGCAACUUCCUGGAGUGCGGCAGCCUCUUUGGUGGCUCCGACUACAAGCUGAUCUAUCGCCACUACGCCACGUUGUACUUUGUCUUCUGCGUGGACUCCUCCGAGAGCGAGCUGGGCAUCCUGGACCUCAUCCAGGUGUUUGUGGAGACGCUGGACAAGUGUUUCGAGAAUGUCUGUGAGCUGGACCUCAUCUUCCACAUGGACAAGGUUCACCACAUCUUGCAGGAGGUGGUGAUAGGUGGCAUGGUGCUGGAGACCAACAUGAAUGAGAUCGUGGCGCAGGUGGAGGCCCAGAGCAAGCUGGAGAAGGCGGAGGGAGGCCUCUCUGCUGCUCCCUCCCGUGCUGUCUCAGCUGUGAAGAACAUCAACCUGCCAGAGAUCCCUCGCAACAUCAACAUUGGAGACAUCAACAUCAAAGUGCCCAACCUGUCGCAGUUCAUGUGAGCUCGGGGGGUCGGCUGGGGAGCGGAGCUGGGCAGUGGGAUGGCUGCCUGUCCAUCUCUCACCUUAGACCUGGGCUCUGCUCGUGGGUCUCCUGAUGCCAAGGGUGGCCCCUUCUCCUGCCUCCCCACGGAUGCACAGCUGCAGGGGGGAGAGCUGGGGCUGGCCUCUCCCACACUUCUUGGGAUUCCUGGUUGUAAAAACACACCUGGAUCUGGUGGCUCCUGGAGACUGCUGUCCCCUCCAUCCUCCCCAGGCUGGGCUGUCCCCUGCUCUGUGUGCCCAAGCCUGUCCUGGUCCUGCACACUGGGGUCAGUACCAGUGGGCUCGGGGCUGCUUGCGGGAGCUGUUGCCAGCUCCAGGGCCGCUGGUGGCACAGAUGGAUCUGGGGGACACUGGUGAUGAGAGGGCCAGGAGCUGCCUUUCCCAGCUGGACAAGUCUGUGCUGAGAGCUGUGGGGAGAAGAGCUACCACCUCCCAGGGUCAGAGCCUUUUGGAGUGUGUACCCAUGUCCUGGAGCAUGUCCCUGUUUCCUGGAGCGUGUCCCUGUGCCCUAGAGCAUGUGCCUGUGUAUCUCUUAAUAAACCAUGCUGUGUAUGUGUCA